AAAAAGAAGAAGAUGUGGAAUCCGCUGAGAUGAAGCUCAAGAUUAUUCUGCAGGCGUGGCGUAGUUCUCUGCACGUAGCAUGCUCUCGGCUGAGUCCUGUCCUCACGACUGCACACAGGUUUGUUCAAUUGCAAGACCUUCAUCCUGCGGUAAACGUCAAAGCCCGGGGCUCUCGCGCAAUGGCUGUUCCUCCAACAUAUGUAGACCUGGGCAAGUCUGCCAGGGACAUCUUCACCAAAGGAUAUGGUUUUGGUCUGAUCAAGUUGGACUUGAAAACGAGGUCAGAGAAUGGAUUGGAGUUCAAGAGCUCCGGCUCGGCCAACACAGAGACCAGCAAGGUAGCAGGAACGCUGGAGACCAAGUACAAGUGGGCAGAACACGGCCUGACCUUCACUGAGAAGUGGAACACUGACAACACUCUGGGCACGGAGAUCACUCUGGAGGACCAGCUGGCUAAAGGACUGAAGUUGACGUUUGAUUCCUCCUUUUCUCCGAACACUGGAAAGAAGAGCGGGAAGAUCAAGAGCGGCUACCAGCGCGAGCACAUCAACCUGGGCUGUGAUGUGGACUAUGACAUCAAUGGCACCACGGUGCACGGAGCCGUGGUCGUGGGCUUUGAGGGCUGGCUGGCCGGAUACCAGAUGACUUUCGAGGCUGGGAGGAACCGGGUCACCCAGAGCAACUUCGCUGUGGGCUACAAGACUGACGAGUUCCAGCUCCACACAAACGUGAAUGAUGGAACAGAAUUCGGUGGCUCCAUUUACCAGAAAGUGAAUGAUAAUCUGGAGACGGCGGUCAACCUGGCCUGGACCGUCGGCAACAGCAACACCCGCUUUGGCAUCACUGCCAAGUAUCAGAUCGAUGCCGAUGCUUCCUUCUCGGCCAAAGUGAAUAAUUCUAGCCUCGUCGGCCUGGGAUAUACUCAAACCUUGAAGCCUGGUAUUAAGCUGACCCUUUCUGCUCUUCUGGAUGGGAAGAACAUUAACGCAGGUGGCCACAAACUGGGUUUGGGUCUGGAGUUCGAGGCAUAGGAAGCCGAGGAUUGCAAUAACCCUGGCUUGAUAUUUUUUUUUUUUUGAAUACCUACCCUCACCGUGCUUCUCUUAGAUGCCCUGGCCAAGGACACGCACUAUACUCUU